AUGAAAAGAUCAGAUACCUCAAACUCUAUUAUGAUGCUGAAGCACAAAUUCGACGAAAUUAAACAAAAUAUAUGCAACAUCGAAGAACGUCAGCGAGAAUUUUUUACUAAAUCCCCACAUCAUAUUGUUGAAGAUUUAUCAAGUUCACAGUUAGACCCACAGUUGGGAUCAUUAAGGUCACGAACACUGGAAGCCACUAUAAAACAGUAUGAAAGACCUGCAAGUGCGGCUCGAUAUGGAGAAACAAGUAAUGAUCGUCUAAAAGAAUUAGAAAAUAACAACAAAUAUCUCAUGAGAAUGAUAAAAACUCUUGAACAAAACAAAGAAGAGCUUUUAGGUAAAGUUGACUCUCUCCAAAAGGAAAACGACAAAUUGAAAGAUGAAUUAGUCUUGAAAAACUCAAAAAUCACUGUGCUAACAAACGAAAAUCAACAGUUAAAAAGUAGAGUUGAGACUAAUGAAAAAAGAAAUCAAUCUCCGAUGAGAGCAUGGGAAGCUGAUAAUAACGAAGCAAGGAAAUGUAACUCAGAAGUCAAAGCAAGACAGCCUUUAGGAGUUAGACAAUGCAACUCAGAAAUCAAAGAAAGGCCAUCUUCUUGCAUGAGAAGUGGACCGUCACCUAAAAAACAAAGGGUUGCUUUCUCCAAAGAUCUUGUAAAAAUUGUACACAUUGACGGAGAUGAGUGUCCAAGAAGCAUUGAAAAAUUGAAAAACAACGAAAUAGUUGCUUCACAAGUAAGCUACCAAAAUCCAUAUUCUAGAUACUCUAGUCCUGGAAGACUUGAUGAGCAAUUUAAUUCAACAACUCCAGUCGAAAAAACAAAUAUUGACUACACUUUCAAUGGAUCCGCCAAGAAAUAUGAUUCUUAUGACAAAGCUUAUGGACGGGACUCAUACAAGCCAGUUUAUACUAGCUUGCAGGAUAAAAGAGCAUUGUUCAACAAACUGAACUCUGAAGAAUACGAUCAGCACUUCUCUGAGUACUACCGAGAACGCUCAAGGAUUAUUGCACAGAAAAUGAUUGAAAUGGAUUAA